AUGGGUCCCUCUCAUUAUUUACCGCUUCUCGGUGUGGUCAGCAUUGUAGCUGCAGCUCCCAACUACGCUGUACCUGGGACUCAGCCAGAUAACGCGGCCAAACUGGAUGUUUCACCAGUAGGAGCAUCGUUUGAAUUCUUCAUGUGGCCUUCCUAUGCAACCAAUAUCUCGUUGACUCUUCCAUGCUUGGAUCAUUUCAACAAGUUGUAUGGCAAAAAGAUUCCCAUCCGCAUUGGAGGCACAACACAGGAUAGAGCAACCUACGAUGCUGCUUUCAAGGGUUAUGUUUCAUACAAGGUCGACGAUCCACUCGAUGCGCCAAUGAGCCUAACCUAUGGACCAAAGUUCUUCGAUCUAAUUAAGAGCUUUGGGACUGAAACAAUUCUCGGACUCAACCGUGGCUUGAACAACAGGACCAACACGUUUGCUGCAGCCUCUAUGGCAAAAACCAAGGCAGACGAGAAUUUAUGGGCAUUGGAGCUUGGAAACGAGCCUGACUUGUUUUACAAGUACUGGCAGUAUCCAGUCGCCCAAGCUCCGUGGAACGAGACACAAGAAGCAUUUGAUGCAGCUGAUUGGGCACAAGACUUAAUCAACCACUGGAAGAGUCCUCUUCCCAUUCUUGCCGGAGGUGGAUAUGCCAUUCCCUUCCAGAUAGAGCCUGGGUGGCCUAAUCUACCAUACCUGAUCAACGAGGCCUAUAAUACAACAGUGGAAGCGGCGACAAAAGUGUACAAUGGACAUUUGUAUGCUUUUUCAAAUGCAUCUGCAGACGACUUGGAUCUCGAGAUGUCACACCAGAGAACAGUGGAGGACUUGAAUCUGCUACCGAUCUCGACUGCUAAGUCUGUUGGUAGGCCAUACAUAAUCGGUGAAACUGGCUUCCACGGACUGGACUACGAAAUGGAUGCGACUUUUGGCUCUGCUAUACAAACAGUUGACAAAACCUUGCGGGCUCUAUCUAUUGGCACUCAGCGACUAUUCUACCAUCAAGGUACUAUCAAUCAAGCCUUUUUCAACUGGUGGCGAAGUGAUCAGCUGAACGCAGUUUUCUAUGGUGCCUACUUCGGAGCUCUCGCCGUAGCGGAUGGUGAUCACAUCGUGGCGAGCGACGAUGGCAGUGACCGAUACGCACAGUACAUUAUCUAUCGAAAGAACAAGCCAUGCAAACUUGUGUUUGUCAACACUGAUUACUACUCAGGAAGCGGUUUGCGCUCGACUACAACAUUCACAGCCACUGGACUCAAGAACGGCAAGGCGAAAGCUUUGCGCAUGACAGGGCCAAGCAGCGAGACUACGAUCCCGCUUAAACAGACCAAUCCUAGUCUUGAGCCUAAUAUUGGAGGCCAAUACUUUUCAAACCGUGACUGUAGUGUUCGAGGCAGCCAGAGGUUUGAGACAUUCAGCAUCAAGGAGGGAAAGCUUGUUGUAUCUCUCAAAGCGUCAGAGGCUCUUUUAGUUUACUUGUGA